GUGAAGCAAGAACACCAAGAAAGAGACGCAUCAGGUGAUCAAUUGGAGGGAGAAGAAGACAACAUCUGUGGCGAGGCUUGAUGUGGGGAUAAACAAGCAAAAUUAGAAUUUCAGUAUGUUGGUGGUGGUUUGGAGUUGCAGACAAAGACAACCUUGAUUUAUCACCACCACCAAGAACCACCGGUGUUCCCCUUUAAACGUCGCACUACAUUAUUGUCCUUCUUAUGCCCUAAAUAAACCCGUGAACCUCCGCCGUUGAAAUCUAUGGAUGGUACAUCGCGUUGGCCUCGAUUGAUCAUAGUAGAUCACCAAUCGACGGUUAGGGUUUCUGAACAUUGUGUUGACGUCGAGGUUGUUGUAGAGCGUGAAUCGGGUGAGGGUGGAACCGCCGAUGAUGUACCCCUUUAGAUAUGUACCUCGUCGUCUCAGAUCCGUAGUCCGUCAUCGUCUCCGAUAAGCUUCAAGAAAGCCUCUAAUUUUGUAGGUUUCGUCUGUAUACCUGCCGGCAAAGUCGUCUUCUUCCGGCGACAUCAUAUUCCUCCGGCGAUUUGGUCAAUGCAGUUGAAGAAAGGGAACUGUGAUGGUGUUUGAAGACCGAUGGUAGUGAUAUAUAUUUAAUUUAAUACACAAUUUCUUUUAAUGAAUUAAUAAUUAAUAAAUAAAUCAAAAAAUAAAUAUGGCAAAACGGUCUUUUUAUGUCCAGAGGGAUGAAGUGUGCAAGUUAGGUUAAUUUUUUGAAAAUAAAGACUAAACACGUUUUUUGCAUGUGCACAAGGGAAAUUGUGACGAGCAAUUUCCGAACAUUGCAUUCUAUUGAGAUGAGUUUAUUAGACUGCAGCUUUGAAGGAGGAAGAUUAAGCGUGUUGUGUUUAUGUGUUGUAAGAGAAUCAAAUCAGCUCCCAAAAAAUGCUGAUCAAGAAAGGGAGUGUGGACACGCAUUAUUUGCAACAAGUUCAUGAUGAACUUCUGUCUUCAAAAAAAUCCCAUGGAAUAACACCAUCUGGUGAAGAAGAAGUCAACGAUCUGAUGGAGAGCAUGGCGCAAAGGAUCCAACAUGGGAACAAGAAUCGGGCAGAUGAAAUGAGAAUCUAUAACGAAAUGAGAAAAGUCAAGGAAACAAGAGAAAUGAUAAAUAAUUGAAACUUGUAAGAAACUUGUAAAGGAAAUGAAAAUGGAGCUAAAGGAACGUCAAUCUAGAUUUAUACGACUUCAAACAGAAUUGAAACUUGUAAGAAAGAGCAUCACUUGUUUGAAGAAGGAGCUUAACAUGUUGACACAAAGAGAUCCAAAGCCUAUAAACAUGCUUACGAGCUUGGAGUGCAAUUCGGUAAUACGCAGAGGAACUUGCACAAAUAGGUGAUGUUAAUUGUAACCAAAAUAACCACAAAAAUUAAAAAACCAAUGCUUGAACUUCUAAGUUACGUACUUGUGAGUUGUGAGUGUUAGGGUUGGGAGAAAUUGUCUAAAGAGAAUUCGUUGCCU